AUGAUUAGCAAAAGGAUCUACCUUCUUUCUUUUCCUUCACUAAUGGAUGGCGUUGAUUUUGAUGCAGUUGCGAUCAUGGAGCUAUCGGUAGAGGCUGAAAAUAUGGGCAAAGGAGCAGUUGAUUCACAGGAUGUGUUGCCCAAUAAGAAGUGUAACGCAACUAUGGGUCGUUGCAGUGCCGACUGCGAUGAAGAUUGUUGUGAAGGAAAAUGUCUUCAGCAUUAUCACGGUACUGGGUAUUGUGACGGUAGCUUAGGACCUGCAAGUACUCUGUGUCAAUGCAGUUAUGACUGUUAG